CGCACAAUUUCAAUUUUCAACAUUGUUUAUUUGUUCAUCAAUUGAAAAACUAUAAUCAAUUUUUCUGGGAUGUUUGUUGGAGAUUUUAGUUAGUAUUUAUUUUUGGUUCUCUGAGAUAAUUAUUCAAUUUUAGAUCCUAAACUAAACCCUUCUCUCUCACUUAAUUCUCAUUAAUCGGGUAGUUGAACCGAGUAUUAUUAGAUUAAUAGAUUUUUCUUAGUUUUCUUUUUUAUAGUUCUAGUUGGAGUUUUAGUUUUUCAUAUUUCAGUUUUUUCCAUUCUUUUUUCCAGUAUUUAGUCUUUGUUUAUGAUGUCAUGAUGACCUUUGACCAUCUUACCUUACUUGUAUGAACUUACGGAUUAUUGAUAAUUCCUCCUGUCUUUUUUAAUUAUAACGUUCCUCUUAUUUGGAAGUUUCAUAUUAAUUGAACCAUUUCGUUAUUUGGUUCAAUGUCUCUCUCAUAUCACAUGGCCCCAUUAGUAAUGGGGUUAUGGUGCCAUUAUUAUGGAACGGAGGAAGGAUGUCUCCUGCAAAUUAGUGCUAAGAUUUCAGUAGUUAAAUAGGUUAGUUAGUAGUUAACUAGUCCUUGUCAGUAUCCAGUUCUAUUUAGCUGGAUGGCGGUUAUAUAUCAAUAAUUAGUCUAGUUAUGAAAUAUCAUAUGAUUGAUGCUUAAUUGCUUAGUUUUGUAUUAGUCGUUAGUUUCGUCAACUAGGUCUUCAUGUGAAAUCAAUAACCUUCAUCUCAUCAUGGUCACAUUAAGCUGUAUGUAUCAGUUAUACUGCUUUUGAUACGGCUUGCUUGUGGUUUUGUUUGGGUUUUUCUUGAAAAUCCACGACUCGAAUUCUUCAUUAGCAUAUUUAUUUUUCUGGAUUACUGCAUGGGUUUGGAGAACCUAUUAUUACCAUUACUGAAGUACUGAACCUCAUGAAAUUUGUUAUUGACUUUUAUAUCCAGAAUUGGUUGUUAUAAUUGAAGAUACUAGCUCUAUAUAUCCAGAAUUGGCUGCUCUAUAUCAACACAUGCAGGGUUUAUUUAUUUUUUUGGUUUGUUUUUUAGAUAGUGUUGCCAACAUAUUGUGAUUGAUUCAGUAUAUAAUUACAAGUAAAUAACCUAAUGUCAAACUAGAUAGAGCAGUCAUGCUGUAGAUAAGCUGACUAAGCAAGUGCAUCAUCCUUGUCUUCAUAUACCUGUCCUAUUCCUUGUUAUCAAUUGAAAUAAUAGAGUAAAUGCCAUGUAGCACAUUGCUAUCUGUACCAUUCAAUUCAUUCAAUCUAAUCCAAUAAACAUGCAAAUUGCAGAACCUUCUCUUUUCUUGUCCAUAAUUUGUUAACCUUUCCCUUCUCCACUUUUAUAUCACGCUUCUGAAUGCCCCUCACCAACCUGGGUUUUGGUUGCUUCCCUGCUUUCCCAAUUUUUCUGCAAUAAUAUGGCCAUCUAGAAUCUCCCUUGCUGACAUAUUCAGGGGUUUACACCAUUUCCUUUCUGUUCAUUUUGAGAAUCUUCUCUGAAUUUUCCUCCUCAAUUGACUUUUCCUUUGUCUUGUGGUAUAUAUUGAUUCUGUUUUGACUUGCUUUUUUUAUAUUGUUCCCUUCUGCUCCUCAGUAAUUAAGCUGAUUUAUCUCUGUGAUUGUCCGAGAUCGUUUUUGGGUGAUCUCUCAUCUAGUUAUAACCUCUUAUGUGUUUAUCAACUUGUGUCACACUCCUUUUUCUGUUGUUCCCCCGGUUUUCGUUUUCCUUGUACAAACUUGCUGAUUUCUGUUAGAAAACUUUCGACCUUGGGCAUUUGACUUUAUCCCCCCAUUCUAAAUCGAGUUUCAUAUUGACUUUUGUAAAUAUUAUCCCUCCCUGCUCCCAUACACUUCCUUUAAAACAUUCUUUAUCUUUGGGAAAUAAAGUUUGUGAAAAGAACUCGCAGGAUUCUUGCUGGCUCAGGCUCACCAAUCUGUUGCCAAUCGUUCAAACUACAAGUGCUUGAAAUCGAACAUUUUUCUUGUUUUCUCAGCUGAUUAUUAAGACCCAUAUCCUAUUGGGAAGAAUAUAGGGAGUACUAAAACCCAAAAAUUUGACAAUUAUCUUUCUUUACUUUCUUGCAUAAUACAUACACAAGGCUUGAAUUAUUGCUGAUCUUGAGCUUUGGUGACUCACCAUUAUCUAUAGCCUCUUGUGUUUCGGUGGAAAACGAUUUGAUUACCUACACCAUAGACAAAUUUUGUUUUCCAUGGAAAAGAUAUGGCUGUUGUUAGUGAGUUGCUUGGUGGUUGGGGUAUCAUUAUGGACUUAUAAUGUUGAAGGGAUUGGAGUCAACUGGGGAACACAAGCUAAUCACAAAUUGCCUCUUAAUACUGUGGUACAGAUGUUAAAAGAUAAUAGGAUUCAAAAGGUGAAGUUGUUUGAUGCUGAUGAGUCUAUUUUAAGUGCUCUUAGUGGUACUGGAAUUGAGGUUAUGGUUGCCAUACCUAAUGGUGAUUUGGUUACCAUGCUUGAUUCCAAUCAAGCUAGGAGGUGGGUUGAGAGAAAUGUUGUGCGUUACAAUUUCAGAGGAGGAGUCAACAUCAAAUAUGUGGCUGUUGGGAAUGAACCCUUCCUCAGGUCCUACAAUGGUACAUUUGAGAACGCUACUUUGCCAGCCCUGGUAAACAUCCAAAAUGCUCUUAAUGAAGCUGGGGUAGGAAACACGGUAAAGGCAACUGUGCCCCUGAACGCUGAUGUUUAUGGUUCACCACCAUCAAAUCCCGUACCUUCAGCUGGGAGAUUCAGAGCCGAUGUUGCUGUUCUCAUGACCCAGAUGGUCCAGUUCAUGAGCCAAAACAAUGCUCCUUUCACAGUCAAUAUCUACCCUUUCCUCAGUCUUUACGAAGACCCAAAUUUCCCGGUCAACUAUGCAUUCUUUGAUGGAGGAGCAACGCCGCUUGAUGAUAAUGGGCUCCAGUACACUAACGUUUUUGAUGCCAACUUUGACACAUUGGUUUCAGCCUUGAAUGCAGCUGGAUAUGGGAACAUGCCAAUAAUUGUUGGGGAGGUUGGAUGGCCCACUGAUGGUGAUAUCAAUGCCAAUAUUAACAAUGCCUUCAGGUUCUACCGAAGCCUACUGCCUAGAAUUGCAGCUAACACUGGUACUCCUUUGAGGCCCGGAAACAUAGACAUGUACUUGUUUGGGCUCCUCGAUGAGGAUGCAAAAAGUAUUGGACCUGGUUCAUUUGAGAGGCACUGGGGAAUUUUCCAAUAUGAUGGACAGCCAAAAUUUCCCAUGGAUCUCUCGGGCCAAAACCAAGACAUCUAUCUUGUGGGUGCAAAGAAUGUUCAAUAUCUCGAGAAUGAAUGGUGCGAGUUCAACCCGAAUGCUAGGGAUCUGAGCAGGCUUGGAGACAGCAUUAACUUUGCUUGCAGUGCUGCUGAUUGUACUCCUCUUGGCUAUGGAUCCUCUUGUCAGGGUUUGGAUGUAUAUCAAAACGCCUCCUAUGCAUUUAAUGUCUACUAUCAGACCCAGUAUCAGAACCUUCAGGCCUGCGAUUUUGGAGGUUUGGCUAGGUUAACAUUGCAAAAUAUCUCGAUAGGAACUUGCAAUUUUACCAUCCAGAUAGCUUCAUCAGGUCUGAAAACUGCUGCACCUGUGGCUUUUUCUUUCAUCACCGUGCUCACAUAUCUGUUCUUUUCAGUCUGACCUUGUGGAAUGUGGAUAUUGUGGUUGUUCCAUUCUUUUGCUUAUCUAAAUCUUCUGUCUUUA